AUGUCACUUUGGGCGAGAACCCAACAGCUGCCUGCAGAAAAGUUUCGUCAGGUACGGGCAUUGUAUCAAGGAGAUUAUCCCAUCGAAGUCAGACACUACCUCGCUGAAUGGAUCGAGAAUAGGUGCUGGGAUGAGCUGAAACCGUCAAAUCCCGAACAAGAACUCACAGCCUCCAGAACUGUGUCAGCUGCUGUGGAUGAGCUCGAUGCUUGUGUCAGGGCCCUGAAUUCUCCCGAUCAGUUCCUCAGUCGAAUCAAGUUGGAUGAAGUGCUGGACAAUUUCAAGAAAGCAUUCUUGAGCAAUCCUGUGGAAUUUGUAAACCUUGUCAAGAGUAACCUGGCUGUUGAAUACCAAUUGGUUCAAGAAGCUGACUCGGCGCUGCAUCAUUCCCUGAUCAUGGACGAGAGGGUUUCAAUGGUGAACGCUGGUAUACUUCGAGAAUUGGAACAGAUACGGAACAGAACCCAGCUCGAGAAUGAAUCCAUCAGCUCUUUGAGCCAGUCGCAAGAAUCCGUGGCUCUCAUGCUUCAUCAGUAUAACCAGCUUGUUGCUGCGUGGGACAACCUUGUUGCCCAUCAACCGCACAUGUUCGCAGCCAAUGCAUCUUCUGUGAAUCAAGAAAUCGUGCGUAACCUAGAAGAGCAAAAGUCUUCAGUGUACGAUGGUCUAUCGAAAAAAGUAACCGAAGUUCUAAUGAUGCGACGAGAAUCUGCGGAAAAUCUGAGCCACUCCAUCAGUCGCAUAUCCGCGCUGCAGAUGAAAGUUCUUGGAGAAGAACUCCCGAAAUGGAAGCGAACUCAGCAAUUGUCUUUGAACGGCAGUUCUCCGCCGACUCACUUGGACCAAAUCCAACAUUGGUGCGAAGGCUUAGCGGAAGUUAUAUGGCUGAACCGGAAUCAAGUGAAGGAACUGGUGCAUCUCCAGGCUCUGAUGAAUGUUCAAGAAAGUCCAGCGCAAGACGGUGUGAAUGGAACUGGUCAGCAGCCCAAACAAGAGAUUGAUUUGGGAGCUCUUAUGUCUCAAGUUACGGAUUUGCUGCAGCAAAUCGUGUCCAUGACGUUUUUGGUCGAAGUGCAACCGCCUCAGGUCAUGAAAAUGAACACAAGAUUCACUGCGUCUGUGCGACACAUCGUCGGUGGUAAACUGAACAUUCACAUGUCAGCCCCGAAGGUACGAGUUAACAUAGUGAAUGAGCAUGAAGCUUCCGUGUUGCGUCGCCGAAUCGGUGGGCCCUGGACCGAGUAUUCCGGCGAAAUUCUAAAUAACACUGGUACUUUGGAGUACCACCAGGCAUCGAAGCACUUGAGUGUUGCCUUCCGAAAUAUGCAGUUGAAAAAAAUCAAAAGAGGCGAUAAGAAGUUCAACGAAGCUAACGUGACCGAAGAAAAAUAUGCGCUUCUUUUUCAAACGGAAUUCGCUUUGGGAGAUGAGCAACUAUAUUUCCAGAUAGCUGCACUAUCGUUGCCAGUUGUUGUUACUGUGCAUGGUAACCAGGACUCCAUGGCGUGGGCUUCAAUUUGUUGGGACAACGCUUUUUGCCCAGUGGAUGCAUGCAGUCCAGCUUUAGACGCGUCCGCUGUGCAUGGUUCACCAUGUGUUCAUUCGUCAGCGCCAGUUGUCAAGUGGUCUCAGUUGAAAGACUUGCUGCGUGCCAAAUUCUCGCAAACGUUGACUGGGAACGAUGGGAUCGGAUCAUCCUUUUCAGGAUACCUUUUGUUGAAUGAUGACCAUUUAGAAUUUUUGGGCUCCAAACUGAAGCAAUUACUUUCCCCCGUAGAUCAAGAUUUCGACGUUAGUUGGAGUUCAUUUUGCAAAGAUUCUCUGCCGGGAAGAAACUUUUCUUUCUGGGAUUGGUUCUUCGCCGCAAAGCGUCUCGUUAGAGAUUAUUUGCGAGACGUGUGGAGUGCAGGAUGUGUCAUGGGAUUCGUUAGUCGAAGCAAAGCCGAAGAUAUGUUGCUUGGUUGUCCGCAUGGUACAUUUUUGCUGCGAUUUUCCGACUCUGAGUUGGGAGGAUUGACCGUCGCCUGGAUUGCUGAAGAUUCAUCCACUGGAAAGAAAGAGGUGUUCAUGCUGCAACCUUUCGUGGCCCGUGAUUUGAAUAUCAGAUCACUACCGGAUCGUAUCUCGGAUCUCAAAUAUUUAGCGAAUUUGUAUCCUGCGAUUAGCAAGGAUGAUGCGUUCGGCAAAUUCUACUCUCCUCCGGAUUUGAAGCCGCGAAGGGAAUCCAAUGGCUAUGUGAAACCGAAUCUUGUUACUCAAGUGCCUGGAUGGACGGAGUUGAGUACGAGUACAGUGAUCUCCGACGGGUUCACACCCAACACUCCCCAUUCGAUGCCCGAACUGGGCGAAUCUUCCUUCAUUCCGAACGGGACUAGCUGUGAAUUCCUUCAUAUGAACCAUCGUCGUGACGUGAUUUCGCAGUUUGACCCGAGGCACGCUGUUAUGUCUCUCGGUUUAGAUACCAGUGUCGCGUUACCCUUGGAAUUUAACCCACGUCUGGGGUUCGAUGGGUUGUCGGCGCUCGUCAAUGCCGCAACGUCCAGCAGUGGUUUAGUGGUGGCGAAUUGUCUACGUGGCUCGACGGAGAAUCUUUACCUUCCCGUGACGGAUUUCGCGGACUGCGAUAUGACGGACGAUAAGUCCAGCCAUCGUGUUGGUUUCGACGUUCAGUGA